AAGAUUUAGUCAAAUAUAUAUUUAUUUUGAAAACAAAAUAGAGAGUGUAGUAAUUAAGUAAUUGAAAAAUAUCGUAAAAAGUAGUAAUAAUGGCCGAAGAAGAAGAACAAGAUCAGUCCACAACGGCAAAUGUUACAACAAUGGCAGAAGAACAAUCUUCUUCUUCUUCAAUAUCACAUAAAACUAUUAAGAGAUUCGACUCUUUCGAUAUCGAAUCUCGCACCUAUUUAGGUCACGGAAGCCAUGACGGCUCAAAGGUUAUGAAAUGGUCAACGGUAUUACACUUAGCUUUUCAAAGCAUUGGAAUUGUUUAUGGUGACAUUGGAACAUCACCAUUGUAUGUGUAUGCAAGUACAUUUCCUAAUGGUAUCAUCAAACAUGAAGAUGAUAUUUUGGGUGCUUUUUCAAUUAUCUUUUAUACAAUCACAUUAAGUACUUUGGUUAAAUAUGUCUUCAUCGUAUUGAGGGCAACUGACAAUGGUGAUGGAGGAACGUUUGCGUUGUAUUCUCUAAUAUGCCGAUAUGCUAAGGUUGGAUUGACCCCAAGUGAGCAAGCUGAGGACACCAACAUCUCAAAUUUUAAGCUUGAGUUGCCCACUAAACGCGUGAAACUAGCAACAUGGGUUAAAUCUCGUCUUGAGAAAAGUGACAUUGCCAAAUACUUCUUAUUAAUUGUCACCUUUCUUGGAACUUCCAUGUUGAUUGGUGAUGGUAUCUUUACUCCAUGCAUUUCAGUUUUAUCAGCUGUUGGAGGUAUUAAGGAAGCUGACCCUAGUAUGACACAAGAUAAAAUUGUUUGGGCAUCAGUAGCAAUCUUGAUUAUGCUAUUUAUGGUUCAAAGAUUUGGAACUGACAAAGUGGGCUACACAUUUUCUCCAUUACUCUUACUAUGGUUUGCACUUAUUAGUAGCAUUGGACUCUAUAAUUUCAUCAAGUUUGAUUGGACAGUCAUCAGAGCCAUUAAUCCAGGUUACAUAGUAACUUAUUUUAUCAGAAACAAAAAAGAUGCUUGGCUAUCUCUUUGUGGCACAGUACUAUCCAUUACAGGAGCUGAAGCUUUAUUUGCCGAUGUGGGACAUUUCUCAGUGAAGUCCAUUCGAAUAAGCACUUGUUUUAUAACUUACCCAGCUAUUAUUUUAGCCUAUGCUGGACAAUCUGCUUUUCUUCGCAAGCAUCCUGAUCUUGUUUCAGAUAUUUUUUACAAGUCAAUUCCAGGUCCUAUGUACUGGCCAAUGUUUGUGGUGGCUAUAUUGGCAGCAAUCAUAGCUAGUCAAUCAUUGAUUUCUGGAACAUUUUCAAUAGUCCAACAAUCUCUUUCUAUGGGAUGUUUUCCACGUGUGAAGAUUAUUCACACUUCAGCUACUCAUAAAGGACAAGUUUAUAUUCCAGAAGUUAAUUAUCUUCUCAUGGUGGCUUGUGUUGCUGUUACUUUAGGCUUCAAAACUGGUGUACAACUCGGCAAUGCCUAUGGGUUGGCAGUGGUAUUUGUAAUGAUAAUAACAUCAUCUUUCCUAGUGAUCAUCAUGACAGUGAUAUGGAAAACUCACAUACUUCUCAUACUCUUAUACAUUGUUACAAUUGGUACAAUGGAGGUUAUGUACUUGACCUCAGUUCUCUACAAAUUUGACCAAGGAGGUUACCUUCCUCUUGCUUUUGCCACAAUAUUAGUCACAAUCAUGUUUGUUUGGCACAAUGUGUACUUGAGAAAGUACAAGUAUGAGUCAAAUAAUAAGGUUUCUCCACAAAUGGUCAAUGAUAUUAUGAACAACAUAAGAAUUACUCGAAUGCCUGGGAUUGCUCUAUUCUAUUCUGAACUUGUACAAGGAAUUCCUCCAAUUUUCAAGCAUUACGUGCAAAAUAUGCCCGCAUUACACUCAACACUCAUCUUUGUCUCUAAAAAAUCAUUACCAAUUAGUAAGGUUUCACCAGAGGAGCGAUUUUUGUUUCGCAGGCUUGAGCCUAAGGAGUUGAACAUGUUUCGCUGUGUCGCGAGGUAUGGUUAUAGGGAUUCGCAUAAGGAAAGUGAACCCUUUGAGAAAAUGUUGGUUGAUAAAUUAAAGGAGUUUAUAAUGAAGAAGAAUAGUGAAGAAGUCAUAAGUAGUAGUAAUGAGCAAGAAGAACUAUUAAGGAGUGAUGAGAUUGAAAGAAUUGACAAAGCUUUUAAUGAUCAUGGUGUUGUUCAUUUGAUGGGAGAAAGCCAGGUGUUUGCUGGUGCAGGAGCUAAUUUGGGUAAGAAAAUUUUGAUUGAUUAUGCUUAUGAUUUCUUGGUAAGAAAUUUGAGGCAGAGCAGUAAUCAUUCAUUUGAUAUUCCUCACAAAAGAAUGGUCAAAGUAGGGAUGACUUAUGAGCUUUGAUUAAUAAAUUUACUUAUUAGUUAAGCAUGUCUUGUUUAGUUUUAUUUUUUUUAAUAGUGUUCCUUUUUUGUUUUAUUUCAUUUUGUGUUUAGUUAUAAAUAAAUAAUGUGCAGAUUUUUUUCCUCUUUUAUUAAUAGUUUUUGGCCCCUUAACUUUUUCUCUGGCUCAGUCAUUGGUUAUAUCAGAGAAAACUAAAAUGUUUUGAUUGUGAUUAAUGUUGAAGAAAAAAGGGAGAAAAAUAAAAGAAAAAUCUUAGCUUGAGAA